GCGCGACGGUCGUUGUUGGGCAGCAUGGUCGCCGGCUUGAGGCGGCUCGCCCAGCAGCUCUGGCUCGCCCUCCUCACGCUCUGCGCGCUGCUGAGCCUGCCGUGCAGCAUGCUGCGCUGGCUGCGCCACGACCACUCUCACCGGCUGCGGCGCCAAGAUUGGUACUUUAUCGCGUGGCGCUUUACGUUUCCAGUGCUCACGCUGUUGCUCGUGGUGACGCUGAGCUGCGUCGGGCACCUCGCGGGCGUGCUCGGGUACGCGGCCGUCGCCGGGUCUGUCUGGUUUUACUGCAAUCUGCUCGUGAUUGCGAUGCCCUUUGCGCUCGUGUACCGCUACCCGCUGUUUAGCCAUCGGCUAAAGGCCCUGUUCUGGAAUGGCCUCGCUGUCUUUAGCGUCUUCAACAGCCUCAUCGAGUGCUUUGUUCUCACCGAGGGCAAGCGCCAUAGCGCGACGCACAGCAUCUCGAUCGGCCAAAGCAAGCUGAGCUGGCUCAUGGGCAACACCAUGUUUGGCAUCGUCGGGUUGGUCGGCGUGCCAUUUUGUUUUGCGAUCCAGCCGCGUACGAUCCGCAUCGAGGUCGAGUCGGACGAUGCACGCUCCGAGGCACAGCCAUCGCUCUCGACAUCGUCGCUGUCGACCAGCGUUCUCUCGUCUUCCUACUACCCCCACGACCUCCCGCUGCUUCUCGAGGCCACUGACGACGACGACGACGCAACGAUGGCGCCGACGCCGACCACGCCCAUCUCCAACCGGCUUCUGUACGCCGCUGGCGCCAGCGUCCUCGCCUGCUUUCUCGCGAUGAUUUGCUCGAACUUUCCGAGCCAAGCGCGAACGCCGGCGUCGUCGCUCGAUAUGUACUGGUGGCCCCUCUACGCGCUCUCGCCGUGUCUCAUCGGCUACUUCCUGUACCACACCUUCCUCAUGCCCUCGCCGUUGGCGCGGGCCAGCGACGCCAUCAACGUCUCGGACACGCAGUACGACUUCAACUACCUCGUCAUCUUUACGACGGUCCUCGUGCACGUCCCCGUCUUUGUCGGCCACCUCUGCUUGGAGCUCUUUGCGGUCGUCGCAGCGACACACAAGGACGACGGCGGCACGACCAGUACCCUCAAGUUUCUCGUGUCGUGUCUUUUCUUGGUCGUCAUGCAAGGCUACCUCUACGUGCUGACGCGCGUCGUGCAGACGCUCUCCGAGCCGUACGCGUACCCGUCGUUAUUGUACAGCGCGCAGCUGUACUACUAUCUCUUUUGGUAUCUCAUGGUCGGGUCCGACACGCCGAUCGAUAUGCUCUACGUGGCGAUGCUCGUCGUCAACAACUUGCACGUGGUGUUUGCCAACACGGGCGUGUAUACCGACGUGACGCAGCUCAGCGUCCACUGCCUCCACCCCAAGCUCCAGUGUCUCUCGAUGUGUCUGGGGUCGUCGGUCGCCGUUUGUUUUCGCGCGGCCAAGUCGAGCGUCAAGACGGACGAGGACGGGAUGACGGUGCCGCAUUUACCCCCGUCCCCCGCCGCGGCGCGGCAACGGCGUACGUGCUUUCCAGAACCGCCCAAAGCCAAAGACGAGGACAGCGUCACGGGCCCGCAGCUCCAUCAACUGUACUUUCUCAUGAAGCUCGCCGAGCAAGAUAUGAUGGCCGACACGAGUGCGCUUGUCCUUGUGCCCUCGAUCCUCUCGUGGCUCUCGGUGGUCGAGACCCCCGAAGAGGCCGCGACGCAUGGCCCACCGCCGCUCCUCAACAUGUGGCUGCGCUGCCUCGUCAUGUUUUUCGGGCGCCUCGGCGGCUCGUUCUUGGCGCGCGAGAUCUUUGCGUACAAGAUGCAGAAGAUGCCGUCGUCGCAGCAAACCGGGCGCGACCGCAUUCGCAUCCAGCGCAUCAUGCUCGCCGACUUUUACCGGCAGUUUUGGUAUCUUGCGGCCGUCACGACCGUGUGCGCGUUUGCGUGCUUUGACAAGGCCGGGUGGCCCGCACGGUAUACCUUUUAUACGACCACAUAAGACCAAGCACAGUGUACACGCUUGUCGGGUUAUGAGGACGGACUGGAAAACGGCAAUCUCGAAGCGAGGGGUAGGGUUUCGACGCAUCGUUCGCCAUCGACUCUGGCGAGCUAGCUGCCUCAAAGUAAAGACGAACGAACGGGUUCUGCGGUA